ACACGGAGCGAUGACCCAGUUAACAAGUUGACCACUGGAGGAGCCUGGAUAAGACGCAACCUGGGUUCACUAGGUUAGAGUGUGUCCGGACUGAAGAGAUGGCUCUGCUAAUGGAGCACCAGUUCAGACAGAUGCCUGCUGACAGACAGGUGGAAACAAGACCGUUUCUGGAGGCUGUGUCAUACCUUCCACCAUUCUUCGACUGCCUUGGUUCUACCAUCUUUGCACCAUUAAAGGUGGACUUAGCUAGUAACAUCACAAAAAUCAAGGCAGUUUACGAAACCAACCCGGUGCGAUUCAAGACACUGCAGCAGAUUCUGGAGGCAGAGAAGGAAAUACACGGCGCAGGAUGGCCUAAAACUGGAGCUACAUUGGCACUUCUGUGGCUGAAAAGGGGUCUACGAUUUAUUCAAGUCUUCCUACAGAGCCUGGUGGAUGGUGAAAAGGAUGAUAGCAACCCAAACCUCAUACGAGUCAAUGUUGCCAAGGCCUAUGAAAUAGCCCUGAAAAGGUACCAUGGCUGGUUCGUGCAGCAGCUCUUCAAGGCAGUUCUUUUUGGUUCUCCAUAUAAGACAGAUUUUAUGAAGGCACUUUCCAAGGGUCGGGAUGUCAAGGAAGAGGAAUGCUUGGAAAAAAUCAGAAAGUUCCUCGUCAACUUCACUGCCACUGUUGAUGCUAUUUAUGAUAUAUACACUAAGCUGAACGCUGAACUUGACUACACAGUGUGACCGCAGGACGUCCCUCCAUUGGUCUUAGUUUACAAAGCCUUUCACAGUCUGCAGCUUGUAGUCUAAAUCUUGACUUCAUGUCUCCCUUCAGCUCCUCUGACAGCUCACUGUUGGAGUGUAUGAAUAAUACUCAAACACAUCAAAUAUUUGUGCACUUUUAAGCAUCUGUGUUCCUGUUCUGAUUCUCUCUUUACGCAUUCUUCAGUGUUGUUUGACUCUGACGCAAGUCUCCAUAAGCAGCUGCAGAUUAUUAUUACAACAAGUCCAUAUUAUUUUUUAAUCAACAAUGUUAACGUUAUAUUGUCCAAAGUUAUUUGUUUUUUCCAGGCACCUAUUCUGAUAAGAUAACAUUUUUACAAGAUGCUGCACGAACACUGUUAUAAACAGUUUAUUUCAAACAUGCUUGUGCCUUAAGAUGUAGCCACAGAGCACUUCAGUGACCUUUUUAGCUUUUCUGCCUUAAAGAAAGUAUAUGUAUCACUUUGUGUAAAGCAGGCAUGCUCUUUAAGCACCAGAUGUUAAUUAUUACUGCCUCUUUCUUCCAUGCUAUGCAGGAUGUAAAUAUGUAUUCUAACUAUAAAGCAAUACUCUGUCCCCUCUUCUCUCAGGUUCUCACAUUACACUGAAUGUGUAUUUUCUUUUAAACUUCUUCAGUCAAUGUGAUGUAAAGUGUUGCAUUAAAACUGUGUUACCUUCAACACAGUGAUUAGACAUAAUUGAAAUGCUUGA